UGUCCCCAAUCUAUUCUCCGACUCUCCGGUCUUGCAUGCAUGGCUGCAAUUAGGGGGCCGUUUAUGGCAUUGGCAUUGGCUCUGGUCCUUGCCGGAGAUUUUCAUUUUCAGUUUGCACUAGCCUAUGAUCGACCGCCUGCUCGAAAGUCCCUCUUUGUUGCACCUUCUGAGGAUCUUGAUUCCACUUCUCCUCAACAGGUGCAUAUAUCUCUUGUUGGACAAGAUAAGAUUAGGAUAUCAUGGAUUACCAAUGACCCUAGUCCAUCUACUGUUGAAUAUGGUACGUCUUCAGGAUCUUAUGGCUUUUCGGCCAACGGAAGCACCAGCUCAUACACCUAUGUGACAUAUGAUUCCGGAGAAAUACAUGAUGUUGUCAUCGGUCCUUUGAAGCCGAACACAGAAUACUACUACCGCUGUGGAUCUGACUCAAGCCCUGAAUUCAAUUUGAAAACUCCGCCGGCACAGUUUCCUAUCAAAUUUGCUGUCGCAGGUGAUCUAGGACAGACAGAUUGGACCAGUUCAACUCUUGAGCACAUUGGGAAAUCAAAUUAUGAUAUGUUACUAUUGCCUGGGGAUUUGUCAUAUGCUGAUACAGACCAACCAUCAUGGGACUCUUUUGGGAGAUUGGUAGAGCCCCUAGCAAGCAAGCGGCCUUGGAUGGUAACACAAGGAAACCAUGAGAUUGAGAAAAUCCCCAUACUACACAGCCAGCCCUUCACGGCCUACAAUGCAAGAUGGGAUAUGCCAUACGAGCAGAGCGGCUCUGAUUCCAACUUAUACUACUCCUUUGAAGUCGCAGGUGUUCAUGUGAUUAUGUUGGGUUCAUAUACUGAGUUUGAUCCGAGCUCAGCGCAGUACAAGUGGCUUCAGACAGACUUGAAGAAGGUCGACAGAAGUAGGACGCCUUGGCUGGUUGUUCUUAUACAUGCACCUUGGUAUAAUUCAAAUAAAGCUCAUCAGGGGGAAGCUGAAUCUGUAAAUAUGAAGGCGGCCAUGGAAGGCUUGCUUUAUCAAGCUCGAGUCGAUGUGGUAUUUGCAGGGCAUGUUCAUGCAUACGAAAGAUUUACUCGAGUUUAUGAAAAUGAAGCUAAUGAGUGUGGACCAAUGCACAUCACAAUCGGGGAUGGUGGAAAUCGUGAAGGCCUAGCUACAAAGUACAUCGACCCGCAGCCAAAAAUUUCUGCCUUCAGGGAGGCUAGUUUUGGACACGGGGAGUUUGAGGUAAUAAAUGCAACCCAUGCAAGAUGGACAUGGCACAGGAACGAUGAUGAUGAAGCAGUUAUAGCAGAUUCAACCUGGUUAACAAGCCUUGCAUCCGAUCCGAAUUGUAAGGCGUAGAUGCGAACCAACCAGAAGGUCCAGAACAUCUGCGAAGUUCAUACAAGGAGCUUUCAGGAAUUGAAGAAAUACCCGGAUGGGUCUUGGGCUGAUGCAAGUUAUGAUAAUGUUUUAGGACAUUAACGUCUCCUACAUCUGUGGAUUUCUUCUCUUGUUUGCGUAUGUUUUCUAGUGCAGUGUUUCGGGAUGUAAAAUUUGUAAAUCCUAUAAGAAAGCCGACCCCUCGUCAUGCCAUCUUGAUGCUGUAAUA